AGAUAGAGAGAAAAGAGAUAGGUAGAUAGAUUGAGAAAUAGAAAAAGAGAGAGAUUAUAGGGAAGAUAAAAAAUUGACAGUUUAGUUAAUACAAGCGCGCGCAAAGCACGUGCUGUGUGCUAGUUCCUCUUAUAAAAUAGCCAUGUAACCCUAAAGUUGCCUGCUAAUCGCGAUUGCAUUGUUGCCGCUUUAUUCCGAUCGCGAUUGGCUGUCUCGCGCUUGACUCGCUUCGUGUGCGAGAGUCGUGGUUUGACAGUUUAGUCGAGAGUAGCUGUCAUUGCGAUUGAAUUUUGACAGCUGUCAAAUUUGGUGAAAAGAGUCGAUCAAAAAAACGGUUACCUAUCUAUCUGUCAGCCACCGUCAACGUUACUUAAUUUCGAAGAUCAUAUGGAACCUAAUACUUUGUGAUUCAUGAACACUUGAUGGAUGUGUAUUUGUUACAAUAGAUCAACUCAAUAGAAGUCAGAAAGAGGAGAAAUAUGUUCGCAUGGAUUCCCCGAAACGCCUGGGGACUAGAAAUUAUCCAAGAGAAACAAAGAAGACCUGUUAAGGGCACAGUUAACCCCCACAACUGCUGCUCAUAAAAUUUUGAAAUCGUGGUACUUUGUCUCGACGGAGACAGAAAUCCAUCGGGUUAAAGAAGAAGAAGAAGAAGAAGAAGAAGAAGCAAGUUGCGAGUUGCGAGUUCCGUGAGUUUGUAGCAGGUAACCUAAAAAACAAGACAUGGAUAUACAAGGAAUGUGGGACUUAUUUUGUGAUCACCCAUCAGAUGACGAUGAUGAUAAUUUUCCGCAUCAACGAGAAUUUCACUUCAAGGUUCCAGAUUUUUUUGAAAAUAUUGUAUCGGCAUAUUCUUUAACAGAUUUCAAAUCACAUUUUCGACUAAAAAAAGCUACAUAUGAAAGAUUGGUACAAAGUCUUGGAGGACUUCACCAGAGUGCUGAGAAAAUGUCUCCCGAUAAACAAAUAGUUAUUACCUUAUGGAUCCUUGGAAACCAAGAAGUUUACAGAUCGGUAGCAGAUAGAUUUGGUGUAUGUAAGGACACCGUUUGGAAUUCUGUAUUUGAAGUUGCUAUGCUACUAGUUGAAGAUGUUCAUACAUAUAUUAAAUGGCCUGAACCUUAUAAAAUGGUUAACCUUGAAAGAGAAUUUCGUGCAUUAAGUGAUUUUCCUGGAGUGAUUGGAGCAAUUGAUGACUCCCAUAUAGCUAUAAGUGCACCUAUAGAAAAUUCGGACAAUUAUAUUAACCGUAAAGAUUACCAUUCAUUAGUAUUACAAGGAAUUUGCGAUUAUAAGUUAAGAUUUAUAGAUGUUUUUACGGGAAUAUGCGGUAGUGUACAUGACGCAAGAGUUUGGCGUUUAAGCGAUAUUAAGGAAUUGAUAACACAAGAUGAAAAUAGAUACUUUCAAAAUCAAUAUCAUCUUUUAGCUGAUUCAGCAUAUCCUUUGUCAAAAUAUAUGUUAACUCCUUAUCGAGAUAACGGUCAUUUAAACCGUUUACAAAGAAACUUUAACACAAAAUUGUCAAAAACACGUGUAGUUAUUGAACGUGCAUUUGGAAUGUUAAAAGGAAGAUUUAGAAAAUUACGAUAUGUUUAUAUGUACAAUACGGAAAUGAUACCCUUAAUUAUAAUUGCGUGUUGUAUCUUACAUAACAUAUGUAUAGAAAAUGAAGAUGAACCUAUGGAAUGUGAUCCAAUAGAAAUGGAAAUUAAUAACGACAAUCCAUUUAUAAAUGGAGCAGAAAAAAAGAGAUUUUAUUUCUCAGUUAUUGUAAAUUUUUGUAAUAAAAUAUGUAAUUGUAUAUAAUUUUU